AUGCCUCGUCUCAACCUCGCUUCGCAGAAAGCGAUUGACCGGCUGAGGAAUUAUCGGCCUCCACCGACGAAUUAUGACCUGGUGCCGUUAUCGCGACGCGCGGCGGUCCUGUUGCUGCUCUAUGCGGAUGCGAAGGGGGAUCUGAGGGUUGUGCUGACGAUCCGGGCGAAGACGCUGAGUUCAUAUGCUGGCCAGGCUGCUUUACCAGGAGGACGGGCGGAUUCGCUAGAAGAAACCGCAUUCCAAACUGCACGCCGCGAGGCACGUGAAGAAAUAGGUCUGCCUGACCUCCGUCAGCAGUUCCCGCAACCCUUCAAGGUCGAGCACCUCUGCGAGUUCCCGGCUAAUCUUGCUCGAACGGAGCUGGUUGUCCGCCCUUGCGUGGCGCUGCUCCAUUCGUACGACGGCAAGACCGGCGAGAAUGCUGACCCGGAGGUGUCGCUGAUCCCCAGGCUGGACGCUAGAGAGGUUGCGGCCGUCUUCACGGCGUCAUUUCACAAUUUCCUGCGCAUGAGGGAUGGAGAUGACUGGGGCACCGGAGACCCAGCCGAAUGGUAUCAAGGAGCCUGGACCGAGUGGCAUCAGUCUAAUUGGCGAAUGCAUCAAUUCUUUGUUCCCAUCGACAACCGGACCGUUGUCAAACCACGUAGCAGCAAUCGGACGCAGAACUUAGCAGCAGACCAGCUGAAGGAAAAGGAGGAGUCGGGUGAGGUGACUCGCUACCUUGUGUUUGGCAUGACGGCCCGCAUUCUAGUGGAUGUCGCGCGGGUGGCAUAUGGCGAGGAACCGGAAUUCGAGCACAACAGCCACUUUGGCGAUGAAGACAUGAUUGCCAAUCUCCGGAGGAUGGGGCGGUUGAGUGCCGUUCGAAAAGCCACGGAUGAACUCACGCGAGAGACAAUGCAGAAGGCAGCCAAGCUCAGUUAG